AUGGAGAGAGCACAUACACUGAAGAGAUUGAAAAGGAAAAUUGUUGAAAAGAUUAAUACAAGAGUACCGGAAAGGGAAGUAUUCAAGAAUUCAUUAGCAAGUGAAAUGAUGAAUGAGUAUGUGGUUGGAGUAGAUGGAAGGAAAGGCCUGAUGAAGAUUGUGUCGAAUGUUGAGAUUAUGCCAUUAGAUACAUGGCCGAUUGGAUUUGAUCUGUCAAUACUACCAGCAAGUCCUACAGACAUCCAGAAGAUUAUUAUUCCGUAUGUUUUUGCUAGACAGAGUUUCAAUGCAACCUCUGAGACAGGGAGUGGAAAGACUUUAUCUUAUAUUUUGCCGUAUAUAAAGAUUCUACAAGAAGAGUUUUCGAGAUUGCUAGUGAUUGUUCCGACAAGAGAGCUUGUAGUACAGGUUUCUGCGCUAUUUGCAAAGUUUUCACAGAAUUUGCUCAGGAUUAUUGAGGUGACGGGGGGAUCUAGUGUGGAUAUGCAGAGGCUCAAGCUUUCAGAUGGGUUUUCGGUAGUUGUUGGAACGCCUGGAAGGUUACGUGAGUUGAUGGAGGCGAGAUGUUUUGGAAGGAUUGAUUAUUUGGUUAUUGAUGAAGUCGAUAAGGUGAUGUCGUAUGGACUGAAGGAGGAUGCUGAGUAUGUUUUGAAUAUGGCUGAAGCCAAGAUGAUAGGGUUGUUUUCAGCAACGUUGUUUGAAUAUCCUGGAGUGGCAAGGAUUGUUAUUGGAGAUAUUUCUGUAAGCAAUAAUGUGCAUGAAUUUUUUUCGUAUGUGAAGCGGAACGAAAGGCUUAAGGUUCUCAGACAAAUAUUAUCUGGAGAUUAUCUGAUAAAUGCUGAGAUGAAAAGAGCAUAUUCUGAAUUUAAAAGAAUGAAAGUGAUUGUGUUUUGCAACACGAUCCGAAUGUGUGAUUAUCUCAACCAAAAUAUCAAUGAAUCUGUGGUACUGCAUUCUAAGAAGAGCAUGGAUGAAAGAAGAGAUGCGAUGAAAAGGAUGGACAGUUCGCCAGGGGUUCUGAUAGCCACGGACUUGGGAGCAAGGGGAGUGGAUAUCAAGGAUAUUGAUCUUGUGGUGAAUUAUGAGUUUCCUAGUACGAUUGAGACGUAUAUACACAGGUGCGGUAGAACAGGAAGACAAAGAAUGGGAAAAUCUCUUUCUAUGAUUGACGAAGAGGACAAGAUGAUGUAUAGUAAGAUAAAGAGGCAUAUUGUAGGAAAAGGGAAGAAAGUGCCUGAUUUUCUGAAUGCUGAUGAAGAACUUAUGCUUGAAUGA